AUGGACGACACUUUUAUAUUCUUUGAAACGCCAUGUGUGAAUUCGACCGCCCCAGCAAUCCUUCCAUUUAUAACUGGUGGGGUGUCAGCGCUUCUGUGUCUCAUCACUGUGCCGGGAAAUCUUAUCGUGGUUAUGGCAGUUUUCGUUGAUCCGAAUAAAGACUUACGUUCCCCAUUCAUGUACUUGGUGGCGAAUCUUGCGAUGGCCGAUUUGUUAGUGGGCCUUGUUACAGAACCAGUUUCAGCUUUUUACCACAUAAAGAACGCUCUUGGAGUGAUCGACUAUGAAGUUCUCAGCGCUGCCGUCCAUAUGCCUUUCUUUAUUUCGUGCACGGCCUCUGUUCUCAGUCUGGCGGCCCUCACAAUGGAUCGUUACGUCGCAAUAACAUCACCAUUUCGAUACAGAGCAAAUUUGAGUCCUUUGCGGGCCCUAUUUGCCUGUGUUAUUGUAUGGACGAUAUCACUGAGUUUCCCUUUUGCGUAUCUGUACUUGGGUUUCUUUAGCUACGCAUUUCUGUUCGCAAAUACUGCAGUCGUGAUGACUUUUCUAGUUUUGCUAUUUGCUUAUGUGCGUAUUUACAAGAUAUUUCGACGUCAAGUUCGGGAAUGGGACAGUUUACAUGAUAGCACAGAGGAUAAUCGCGCCAAGAAAAUCAGAAUGCGCUGGGAACAAAAGAUAACGAAGACAUUACUUAUUAUGUUGGUUUUAUUCAUUUCUUGUUAUCUGCCUGCCUGCGCCGGCAUAUAUGUCAUCAACUUAUGCUCUACAUGUGGUUGUGACCUUGUGUUAUUCUCGCGUGACAUUCAGUUUCUGCUCAUUUUAGCAAACAGUUCUAUGAACCCGUUUAUUUAUUCAUGGCGUCUGAACAACUGCAGGAGAGCUUUUAUUUGGAUCGUUUCGUGCGGGAAAAAAGGAAGAAAGGCUUACGGGAACGUUUCGUUUGAAAUGCAGACCAUGAGACGAUUGUCGACACGGGCCCGAUCAUUAACACUGACUAAACUGUAGUGUGGUGGCUUGCAUUACCAACUAAACAACUAAACGUGGCACACCGCGAUUAGACUGUAAAAUGUGCAUUUAUUUUCUGCGCUCAAACAUCGUUUUGCCGUCUCGCUCGAUUGUUAAUUAUUCGGCUAGAUAAUUAAGGUGAGAGAAGUGAAUCUUGCUUGGGUGGAAUGGUGAAAAACCCCAUAUCAAGUCCCUUAGUCGUUCUUUACACGCUUUGCGUGACAAUAGCUAAAUUUUCCAAUCACGGCUCCUUCUCAGCUCGCCUUAAAGUCUAAAAACCAGUGAUGAUUUGUUGCCCGUCCAUCGGACGAGACGACAAACUGAUUUUAGAGAAAAAUUCGAAAACAAGCUGCCCGUUUUCUAGGAUAAUUGUCAGAAGCGCACGAAUGAAAAGCGGACUCGUGGAAGAUGGCUGCCCAAUAAGAGUUUCACCCUGUUUCCAGUUUUGGUCGGCGACCCUCUUUGUCCUCUUACCACGAAAACAUUCGUCAUAUUUGUUUCUUGCUUUUUAAAAAUUUAAUGAUUCCCUUAGUUGUAACAGUACUUGCUACGGUAGACUGGGGAUGUUUACGGACAAUCUUUAUUUUUUAAUGACAAGAUGAAACUAACAGAAUGUAUCCCCUCCGGUAACAAUUGGUAUUGGUAAAUUCAUAGCAAUGAAUAAACCGUUUUAUUUUCUUUAGUUCCAACUUGACGUGGUUUAAGGUUAACGAGAAUAUACAAAGUGAUCAAUACUGCAUGACACCCAAAGUUCAAAGCCUUACGUUUCUUUCCUACUUACUACGAAACAAGCAAAAUUAUGAGAAUACUGCUUCAUGAUAAUUAGAUCUGACGACUAUUUGACAUUUUGAAUCUCAUAAACGCAACGCAAAACGUAUAGUUGGCUAGAGGGCUUGCACUUGUGUUCACAAAAUGUCUGUGAGAAAAAAGCAAUCUCUUAUCGAAUACGCACUUUUUAGUACCGGGGCAUCACAAAUGGCACUAAUGACCACGAAACAAUUCCUUAGAGAAAGACAACAAGUUCAAUAAGGGUUUAAUGGAUUCUUUGAAAUUACUCUCAGUUGUUUUGAAGGCUUUCUGUUCUGACGGCUUUAUUGUAUUCAGAAUAUUCAAUAGUGACUGGUUUAGCGUCAUCGAGAAAACAAUAAAGAGGAUUAACAACGGGUUGAUGUCAAGAACAAAACGCUCUCGACCAACCGUAUCACUACCCCCUGACACUAGCCAAGCAAACAAAGCAUAAGUAAUUUAUUUAGUGUUAAAUGAUUACCAAGAAAAUACGCCAUAGGUUAAAUUGACUAAUUGCUUGAGCUUGGUAAGUCAAAUGAACAUAAUAAGGGAGUUUUACUGAUAAACAAACCAGUUCUAAUAAAUUUUGAGGUAAGACGGACGCAGAGCUAGAAUUAUCGUUGACCUACCGAAAGGAUGAUUCUCGACAAGUCACGAACUGAAAGCACCGGCAGCAGGUAGAUAGCCAUCAAAAGCAAUGAAGGAUGACAUUACCGUGUAAGAAAAGUCAUCAAGUAUCUAUUGUGUAGAUGGUCGAACCUACAUCAAAUACUCGAAUAUAUCUGGUUCAAUAGGUGAAUCAACAUUUGAACUCACUUCAGCGAUUCUUCCUGCUUAUUUCUGAUGGGCAUAAAGUGAAGACUGAUGAUGAUGCAAAAAUAUAGAAUUAAGUGGAGGUUACUUACCGAGUAGACAACCUUUAAUUUCAUCAUACAAGAUUGUUUCUUUCGUACUUUGAAAUGCUUUGUGGACUUUGCAUAACUACUCCAAUCUGAGUCAGGUUUCGCUCAACCAAGUGUUCGCGAACUCACAGACGGAUUGACGGAUUUCUCUGACGUUGAGUCUCUGGCAGUUAGAAAUACUAAGAAUCGAGUGUUACCCUAAUCUCCAUCGUUGUAUAUGGAAAUUGGUAGUUUCUUUAUUAUUCGGAUCAGCCAUAUAAUUACAGACUAAAAGCGUUAUACCCUCUAAUCAUAUUGAUUGAGAGUGAAGGCGACCGUAGCGUGUGUGAACGCGUCAAGAACUAAAUUUGUGUGCGUCUGUAAAAUACAGAGGACAUCAAUAUUAUGCACGAGGCAUGAUGAUACCUCUGUCACCUGUAGCAAAGAAAUCUCGAGAAAGCAACUCGAUCCUAGAUGGAGGACCUGAGGAAAGCAGGGAAAUCAACGCCGGCAAACCAGGGACAUUUGCAUUUACCAGUGAACACGAUGACAAUAACAAAAUGGACUUUGGAGAUGAUAUUGGACCUGAUGCCAAUUUUCUUGGAGAAAAUAACUUGCAAAGACAGAGUGAUAGAAAUGCGAUGCUAAAACGUUUGGCAAACUGUUUCAACCACCGACAGAAGCGUGCAAACCUGGUAGCCAGAAGAAAUAGAGUUAUGGGCUUUUUUCCAAAGCUGUGCACCAUACAUGAAAAUGCAUCUGAACUUGUUCAUGAUUUAGAGGAAAACUACCAACUAGCAGAAGAACAAAACGAGUUCGAUAGAGACUCGCUAGAACACGACUCGAUCAAAACAAACGACCAAAAAAUUGCAGCUUUACAUCAAGACAUCAAGGAACUUUGGAAGCGUCUUGAAAACGUAGAAAAAGAGUUUGCGUGGGCGAGAGGAACCCUGAAGUUAGCGCAACAUACAAAGUUAAAAUAG